AGGAACGACAAUCCCGUACAGACCAGUUUUCAGCCCCUACAAAAGAUGAAAUGGAUGUUGAAUUCUACAUGACAAGAUAAAAAGAUGUUCAUAACAGCCGGAUAUCUGUAUUUAUACGCUGUCCACUGGUUACGUCGGACACGUAAACAUACACUGUAUAGAAAGACAAUCACUGACAUUUUCCAACGAGGUUCAGUAUUAGCCCAUAAAUACGGCACUUUUGACACUCUCACUGACCAACUGCUGAAAGAUGUGUCUUACAUUCAGAGGGUCAAUCACAUCCGCGAUUCCAGGAUUAUUUUAUCAGAAAUAACUCCGAAGGUAAAAAUAAACUUGACUGAAUGGACUACAUACUUUGCCUUAGAACCCAAUCAAUAUGAUAAAUCAUCAGAAGAUGUUUGGGUAUUGGUGGAAUCUAUCAGACCUGAAGAUGCUCAAGAAUAUAUGAAGGAGGAAGAAGCCAAGAACAUGAAAACUAAUAUGUUGGACCUAGGCAGACCAAUAGCAUGGAAGACCGGACCUCCUUUUGGUAUAAUAAUGAAAUGUUCUCAGGAGAAUUUUGUAGCCAUGUGUGUGGCUUUCUCAGACUUAGCCUUGUCAACAGAUGAAGAUCUCAUUGUACAGAAAGUACUCAGUAUAGACGUAGAAGGCCAUGCUAGCAACUUAGUACAGAAAACUGAUGAGGAGUGUAGUAUGAUGAAUAAUUUUGAUGAAGCUACAGAGGUUGGAAGAUGUUCAAACGAAUCAAUGGCAUCCUCAAGAAGUGUUGGUAACAUGGAAGAGGUUUUAGAUGGUGAUGACAAUGACGAAAUCGACUCCAUAGCAACAAAUGAAGAUGAUUUGCAAAAGAUGAUGGGAGAGAGUGGUUAUGGCGAAGCGUUAAGUGAAAUGAUCCCCAUGCCAGCUGUUUUUAUUCCUCCCGACCAAAGUCAUACAUCCAAACCCCCAAAUGUAUUAGUGUAUGCUGGAAAGAAAGACUCAGCAAGAAAAUUUCAAAAUAUUAAAUCAGUAUUUGAACAAUGUAUAAAUACAGACUGCUACAUCCUGUAUCAUUUGAAACAUGACCAGGUGGCCUCCAUUCCAUGGGCAGAUAACUGUGCAUUACUAGUUGUAUCAUGUGACAAUUUGUAUGACAGAGUAGAUGCUGCUUUUCUCCAGUUUAUUGAGCAGGGUGGUAAAGUUAUAAGCUUUGGAAGUUCAUUAGAUUCUGAUUUUGUACCUAGAAGAGAACUUCGUACUCAUCCCGAUAUUUCUGUUGUUGAUUAUGAAAAAUGGAAGAAGGUUACACUAUUAUGUGGUCGUUACUGUUAUCUGCCUCAGGAGUCUGUUAAAGAUUUGAUGUGCAUUCAGUCCCUUUGCCAAGAUAAAGAUGGACAAGCUAUGAUUGUUGACAUCAAACCAAAGGCUGAAGGUCAAGGAAGAGCUAUUCUGUCACAGGUUUUACUAGAUCAAGAUCCCACUGAUAUAGCUGCGACUGUAGAGAUGUUUAACAUACUGAAGGAAUCUAAUUCAGUCAGAUUAGAGAUGCUGUCGUCUUUACUGAAGAGAAUGGGAUAUAACUGUGAUAGAGAUCAGACACCUAUAUAUACUCCAGCCUACCUCUUAGCUAAAAAUAAGGAUCUUAAGUCUUCCAUCAUGUCCAGUAUUGAGAAGCGUCUGACUGAAGGAAAACUUAAAUCUACAAGUUUGACCUUGAAAUUCAUCUCACCUGGAGAGGUUGUUUUGGCAACAAAGGAUUUACUUCCUGUUGUUUCCAGUGACCCAGGGAAAAUUCCAUUCAACGAGGCUUUGUACUGGAAGAAUUUGUCAACAAAAAGAUUGGGAAACACUGUGUUUUAUACAGAUGUUAUACAUUCUACAAUGCCUGUUUUAGAAAGCUUACAGUUUUCCUGUCCAGACAACAACGGUCUGAUAACCAUUUCAUCUGUCCAGACAAAAGGCCAAGGUAGGGGAGAUAAUUUAUGGUUGAGUCCUGCUGGUUGUGCUAUGUUUACCAUACAUGUGUGCCUUCCAUUAAGCAGCCAUUUAGGAAAGGCAGCAUCCUUCUUGCAGCAUCUAACAUCCCUAGCUGUGGUGGAGGGAAUCAGGACUCUACCAGGCUAUCAGGACAUAGAUUUGAGAUUGAAAUGGCCUAACGAUAUUUACUACAGCGAUAAAAUGAAAUUAGGAGGAGUUAUUGUUAGAUCUACAACUAUGAAUGGACAUUUACAUGCCCUUAUUGGUUGUGGAUAUAAUGUUAGCAACAAAAAUCCCACAAUCUGUGUGAAUGAUGUGAUAAAUAGUUACAACAAUGACAAGAAAACAAAAUUACCAGAACUAUCAGUAGAACAGUCUAUAGCAAGGACAGUUACAGUCAUGGAGGAACUCAUUGACCAAUUCCAACGGGAAGGUUAUAACAGUUUCUGUAAAUCUUAUUACAAAAGAUGGUUGCAUAGCAAUGUUAAAGUGAGACUACAGAUGGAAAAAGGGAAAGAGGUGACAAUUGUUGGUUUAGACGAAUUUGGAUAUCUCAAGACGAUUGAUGAAAAUAAAAAGACGAUCAUAGUACAUGAUGAUGGGAACAGCUUUGAUAUGAUGCACAACCUCAUCAAAAUGAAAUAGUUAUGGUGUAAAACUAAGAAUGUAAAAUGUCUAGUUACGUUGAAAUUAAAAUGACAAUAGAAAUAGACAAA